ACAUUUCGGUGUUACAAACGGAAGGACAGCUUUAGAAGAUAAGUUCCGGGAGUGUUUAUUUUGUGUUAUUUCCAGAGAAAACGUCCCCGGGAAAAUAAUUGAUCAUAAUGAAGCCUGCUGUAGAUGAGAUGUUCCCUGAAGGGGCUGGACCCUAUGUCGAUCUUGACGAGGCAGGGGGAAGCACAGGACUUCUAAUGGAUCUGGCAGCCAACGAGAAAGCUGUUCACGCUGACUUCUUCAACGAUUUUGAAGACCUCUUUGAUGAUGAUGAUAUCCAGUGAUGAAGUUUCUGUACGAUGAAGACAUUUGUAAAUACUACUAAACAGUUGUUCAUGUUUGUUAUAAUUAUGCGAGUGGAGUUUGAAUUUGUGUAAGGUCUCCUGCUGACCGAGCUAAGGAUACUAUCUGUUCUGCUCAGUGGAGAGCUGGAUUGUGUUUGUGUUCCCUCUGUAUUUUCUUUCAAUAAACUAUUGAAAAAAAGACCA